GGGGUAAGUUGAGGUAAGUCAGAAGUGCACUUUUUCUUCUUUUAAGGAUGUCUCCUUCAUGUAAAUCAUCAAAUCUUAGGAAGAAGACUCGGUUUAAGGUUAUAAUACGACUCCAGAAAAUGAAUGUAAGUCAAUGUCCUCGGAAGUCAUGUAAACCUGCGUGUGUCUGAAUCAGGUUUUAACCUCUGAUCUCAUCCCACGCUCAUGCCUGCAUCUUCAGGUCACCGAUUGGACGAUGUCCCGACGGCGAGGUGUCACCUGGUGAAGCGGAGCUCCAGAGGUCCGAUCGUCCAAGUCAUCAAGGAUCAGAUCAGCCGCCAAGCAUCGUCCCACCUGCAACCAGACCGAACACCUCAUGAGGUGUUCGUGGAGCUGAACGAACUGGUGAUCGACGGGAACCAGGAGCUUCAGUGGAGGGAGACGGCUCGGUGGGUCAGGUUCGAGGAGGAGGUGGAGGAGGAGGAGACGGAGCGCUGGGGGAGGCCCCACGACGCCUCGCUGUCCUUUCGCUCGCUGCUGGAGCUCCGAAAAACCAUCUCCCACGGGACGGUGCUUCUGGAUUUGAAGCAGAAGACUCUGCCGGGGAUCGCUCAGCAAAUGGUGGAGCAGAUGGUGAUCUCAGCUCAGAUAAAAGCUGAAGACCGGGACAACAUACUCCAAGCUUUGCUGCUCAGACACAGUCAUCCCAGUGAUGAGAGAGAUCACAGCUUGUUCAGCAAGUACAUCUCUGCAGCCAACAUGGCCAAAUGGAUGGACAGAAACAGAUCAGAGCCCUGCUUAACUCUGACAAAUCACAGAGAGGCUGACAGAGAAAAGUGCACGAAGGAUCCUGUGCCUAUCAGUGCCUCAAAAUCCAAACAUGAAGUGAAGCUGAUGGAGAAGAUCCCAGAAAGAGCUGAAGCCACAGUCGUCCUCGUUGGCAGCGUGGGCUUCCUGGAGCAGCCUUCAAUGGCGUUUGUCCGACUGCAGGAGGCGGUGCUGCUGGACUCAGUCCUGGAGGUUCCGGUUCCUGUGAGGUUCCUCUUCCUCCUGCUGGGCCCGCCUACGGCCAACAUCGACUACCAUCAGAUUGGACGCUCCAUCUCCACGCUCAUGUCUGACAAGCUCUUCCAUGAGGCGGCGUACCAGGCUGACGACCGCCAGGACUUGCUGACGGCAGUAAACCGCUUCCUAGACUGCAGUGUCGUCCUCCCUCCCUCCAACGUCAACGGCAAUGAGCUCAUCCACUCGGUCGACCGUUUCGAACAGGAAAUGCUCCGAAAGAAGGAGGAGCAGAGCGUCACUCAGCAGGACAAAGGCUUCCUCGUUCCCCUUAAACCUGGCGAGGAGCCCCUAAGAAGGUCGGGCCGUCUAUUUGGAGGUCUGAUCAGAGACGUGACCCGGCGCUACCCUCAGUACCUCAGCGACCUCCGGGAUGCUCUGAACCCUCAAUGCAUGGCCGCCGUCAUCUUCAUCUACUUUGCUGCCCUUUCUCCUGCCAUCACCUUUGGAGGACUCCUGGGGGAGAAGACCGAGGGUCUGAUCGGCGUGUCAGAGCUCAUCGUGGCCACAUCUCUGCAUGGCAUUGUGUUCAGCGUGCUGGGCGCUCAGCCACUGCUGGUAAUUGGCUUCUCUGGACCCCUGCUGGUCUUUGAGGAGGCCUUCUACACGUUUUGUAGAGACAACGGGGUUGAGUAUCUGACAGGUCGGGUCUGGAUUGGUUUCUGGCUGGUGCUCAUCGUUCUCCUCACCGUGGCCUUCGAGGGGAGCAUCCUUGUUCGCUUUGUCUCCCGCUUUACCCAAGAGAUCUUCUCCUUUCUCAUCUCCCUCAUCUUCAUCUACGAGACCUUCGCCAAACUGGUCAAGAUAUUUCAGGACCAUCCUCUACAAAACUGUUUCCCGAGUAACCACACAAGGUCUCCAUCUUCGUGCAACUUCACGACGUCUGGUGCAAAUACUGGGAAGGUUAUUGGGGAACCGAACACAGCUCUGCUGUCCUUCGUUCUCAUGGCGGGAACCUACUUCAUCGCCUUCUACCUACGGAAGUUCAAGAACAGCUCUUUUUUUCCUGGGAAGCUCCGUAGGAGCAUUGGAGACUUUGGCGUCCCCAUCGCUAUCCUGAUCAUGGUGCUGGUGGACUACAGCGUGGAGGACACCUACACCCAGAAACUGAACGUGCCCAGUGGGUUCUCAGUAUCCAGUCCAGAAAAGCGUGGUUGGUUGAUCUCUCCUCUGGGGUCAGAUGGACAGUUUCCUGUUUGGAUGAUGGCCGCCAGCAUCCUGCCGGCCAUCCUCGUCUUCAUCCUCAUCUUCAUGGAGUCCCAGAUCACAGCGCUGAUUGUCAGUAAGAAGGAACGGAUGCUGGUGAAGGGAACUGGUUUUCACCUGGACCUCCUCAUCAUUGUGGUGGUGGGCGGAGUCUCGGCGUUGUUUGGUCUGCCCUGGUUGUCGGCUGCCACAGUUCGCUCCGUCACACACACCAACGCCCUUACAGUCCUGACCAAAGCUGUGGCUCCCGGAGACAAGCCCCGGAUCCAGGAGGUCAAGGAGCAGAGGGUCACAGGCUUCCUGGUUGCUGUCUUAGUGGGCCUGUCUAUUGUGAUCGGCGAGGUUCUACGUCGAAUCCCUCUCGCGGUUCUGUUUGGGAUUUUUCUCUACAUGGGUGUGAUGUCUCUGAACGGGAUCCAGCUCACCGAACGACUUAUCUUGCUGCUGAUGCCCCCAAAGUACCAUCCAGACCACAGCUACGUUCGCAAGGUGCGGACACUGAGGAUGCACCUGUUCACUGUCGUACAGCUGACAUGUCUUUCCCUUCUGUGGGUCGUCAUGGCAACUGCGGCAGCGCUGGCCUUCCCCUUCAUGCUGCUGCUGACCAUCCCGGUGAGGAUGCUGCUGCUUCCCCGCCUCUUCAACCGCAGAGAGCUGCAGAGUCUGGACGCUGAUGAUGCGGAGCCCCACCUGGAAGAGAAGGAAGGACAGGACGAGUACUCACAGCUGCAGAUGCCCGUGUGACCUAACUCCGGCCUCUUGAUUGGUUGAUCCACCUCUUUCAUUAGCAUAUCUAACAUGUAUCCUGUAGCGGAGCCGGGGGACUGAACACCUGUUUUCAUCAGUCUGACUUGGUGUUGUUACUCUGCUUAAUGUUUUAAAGAUCUCAUUCACUGGAUGAAUGUCUGUGAUUCUACUGUGAGUCCCUGAUGUUAUUAUUAAAUGCUCAUUCUAUCCUUAA